UUCUCUCCAUAUUCUGUUCUGUGCGCGGCUUGAAAAGGCAGGAAUGAAGAUUAAAGAUACCAAAAGUGAAUAAAAGGAAAAGGAAAAGGAAAAGGAGAGUGUAUAAAGCAAGAGAUAUUAUUCUGUCUUGAGUGGUUUUGGUUGAGAAAUUAAACAUCUAGUUGUUCAUGUUGAUGCUACAUGAUGAGUUUCCAUGUUCCCCAGAAGCAAAAAGCAAUGUCAUUGCUACUAGCAGUACUCAUCCACUCACUAUUCAGGCUCACAAGAGCUGAAUCGAAGAAGCCAUGCAGAAGUUCUUGCGGCGACAUUCCCAUAGAAUACCCUUUCGGCAUAGACGAUGGUUGCGGAAGCCCCUACUACCGUUACAUUCUGGUGUGUUCCGAGUCGGGGAAGCUCGAAGUGAGAACCCCUUCAGGAAAAUACCCCGUUCACAACGUUAGCUACGACGAUCCACACAUCAUAGUCACUGAUCCAUUCAUGUGGAGCUGCGAGGACGGUGAAAACUAUCGCCCCACGAGGCCAUUCAGUUUGGACACCAGCACUCGCUUCAAGCUUUCACCUCACAACGAGUACCUAUUCUUCAACUGCAGCCAGGAUGAUGUCAUCGUGAAGCCCAAGCCAAUCCUCUGCGAGCGCUUCCCCGAGCACUGUGACUCUUCGUGCGACAGUGGAAGCUACCUCUGCAGGCACAUGCCCGGCUGCUCCUUUUCCUUCACUCCAACCUCUUGCUGCUCUUACUAUCCCACAGCUUCUGAAUCGCUGAGGCUCAUGCUCAAGUAUUGCACUAGCUAUACCAGUGUUUAUUGGAGAAACGAUGGUGCUCCUCAGCCUUAUUAUCAGCUUCCUCAAUAUGGGAUCAGAAUUGAUUUCGAUAUUCCCGUAACUACCCGCUGCCUUCAGUGCCAGGAUCCAUCCAAAGGAGCUGGAACUUGUGGAUUUGACACUCAGACUCAGAGUUUUAUGUGUUUGUGUAAGGACGGAAAUUUCACUACCCAUUGUAAAGAUUAUGAUGCUGCACAACACAAUAGAAAGGUGCAUGUGAUUGCAGGGACAGUUACAGCUGUUUCGGCUGCAGGGGCAUUUGGAAUUGGAGCUGGUAUUUGGUACUUGAAAAAAGUGAGAGCUAAAGCACCAGUAACAUGUGGAGUUCAAAGCAAUGAGAAUAGACUUUUUUGAAAACGACCAAAUAACGUGAACUAAUAAUUACAGAGUAUUAUAUAGUCCCGUAGCUGUAUCAGAUACAUACUCACAUAGAGGAUCAUAAAUUCUAAGCCAAACAUACUAACAGGGUAUCCCAAAAACACAAUUUAUGGGACCGGCAUUGUGAGUUAAUGCAGGCACCAUGUAGGCUGGAGCAGCAGUAAAAGAUUGAGUAGAUGAAUAAUUUGGGGCACAGCUACCAAAGCCAGAUGGUACAAAAUAAGCACCAUUUAGGAAUAAGUCCUUGGAAGACCUCCAUUUCCAACUCUUCCAGUUUUCCUUCACUUCCCUCUUGGUAAUCUGUCAUCCAACAACAACAUUCAAUUACUCAUGUUGAAGAAUAUAUGUAUCUUCAAAAAGAAAGGAUGAGGCCACAAUGGUAAUGAAUUUCAUGAUAUAUUUCUACCUGUUUUGCGUUUAGAUCAUUUGGUGCUACAUAAAAAUUCCCUUCACUCAAAAUGGUUGGGUUGGCACUGCCACCUAUAGCAUACAUUUUCCACUGAUCAUAUUUGUUGUUGACCACAUGGGCAUAACCAAAUCUUACCCUGCAUAUAUGUUCUUAUACAAGUGAAUACAGUAUUUAUUUUCAUCGAGUCUAUGCAAAUCCAUAAUCACUCUUACCUUGGCAUCCUUUCAGUUAGGCCACUAGCAAACUGGUUGAA